AUCCAAUAUUUCACUUUACUCAUCCACUUCUGCGAUUUCAGGAAAACUCUGAAAUUAUCUGUGUUUGUGUUCCUAUAGGGUAUAAGAUAUGGGUGGCCAUCUCUUUCCCAUGAUCAAUACCUCCCUACGAUCAUCGGUAUUCCUAGCCAAGCCCUUGACAGCAUAUGUCUACAAGUCCGUUAAGAGUUAUAGCCAAGCAAGCUGCAAGGAAAGCCAUAUCCGUGAAUCAGCAGAUCAAGAGAGAGCGCCUUCGACUGCUCUAGAGUUUAAAAAGAUUGCUGAGGAGAAGCUGCGGGAGACCGAGCAAGGUGUGGCUAGUCAGACGGCAUUUGAUGCUAUGGAAGAGGCUACUUUGGGAGACACGAAACUUGAAUCUGUGAAGCGUAGGUCGGAGGAACACGAUGAUGGGGCUGAUUACCGAAGGAGAGGGAAUGAAGAGCCGCCUGAGGGAGUUAAAGCAUUUUAGAAAUAAAGCCUAGCUACUUCAUGGGCUACAACGUCUAAAUAAAAACAAGAUCCCGAUACAGAGUUUUGAGAAUUUUUUUAUGUUUUUCUUUUAAUUUAUUCAUGUCUGAAGACUUGGGGUGCCAAAGUAAUUAUGCAUGGAUUUGAAAAGGAAAAUAAUAUAUAUAGUUAACGUA